GGGCAGCCCACCAGAGCACCCACAGCUGUGUAUGCUCAGGGCCUGUGUGCGCCUGCCGACCGCCACACGCCGCUCGCCCGCCCGCCGUCCUCCUCCUCGCCUCGCCAUGUCGACCUCGCCCGCCGCACCACCACCGUCGUCGAGCCCGACACCGCGGCGCAAGCAACCCCUCGUCGCCGUCAUAGGCACCACCGGCGUCGGCAAGACAGACCUCGGCGUCGAGCUCGCCCUCGCCCUCUCGUCGCCCGGCACCCUCUCACCCUCGCCUCGUCCUCCUCGCCGCGCCGAGGUCAUCAACCACGACUCGAUGCAGUGCUACCGCGGCCUCGACGUCAUCACCAACAAGGCGACCCAAGACGAGAUGCGCGGCGUCGAGCACCACCUCAUGGGCUUUCUCGAGCCGGGACGCGAGUGGGGCGUCAACGACUUUGUGCGCGAUGCGCUCGACAAGAUUGACGAGCUCGAGGGGCGCGAGACGCUGCCGAUAGCGGUCGGCGGCACGAGCUACUACCUCCAGAACCUCGUCUUUCCCGGCCAGCUCGUCAACGACGUGACCUCGUCGCGCCCUUGCUCGCCCGACCCGACCCCCUCUCGCCCUGCGACACCGCCGCCCCUCGCCGAGCCUCGCACGCUCGCCGACCACGUCGACCCGGCGAGCGCAAAGAGGUGGCACUGGCGCGACGUGCGCAAGGUCAGUCGCGCGAUCGAGAUCGUGUGGACGAAGAGGACGUGGGACGACGUGAGGCGCGAGCAGCGCGCGAGGCCGAGCGAGGGACCGAGGUUCCGCACGCUCAUCUUCUGGCUGCACGCCGACACGGACGCGCUGCACCCUCGUCUCGACGCCCGAGUCGACAAGAUGCUCGAGGAGUUCGCGCCGUACCUCUCGCUCGCGCGCAGCUCGGCCCCGUGCUCGUCCUCGCCCUCAUCCUCGCCGACCGCGCCCGCACCCGCACCCGGGCCCGGGCCCGACGCGUCGCCCGAGCUGCGCGCCGAGUUUGACCGCGCCGUGCGCACGAUGAAGACGUCGACGCGGCAGUACGCCAAGCGCCAGGUCAAGUGGAUCCGGGCAAAGCUGCUCCCGGCUGUGCGCGACGAGGCCGAGCGCGCGCGCGACGAGGGUCGCGAGGCCGAGGUGGUGGUCGUGCUGCUUGAUGCGACGGACCUAUCCAAGUGGCGCGACAACGUGCGCGACCCGGCCGUCGACCUCCUUUACAAAUUCCUCGACGGCGCGCCUCUGCCCGACCCAGCGUCGCUCUCACCCGCCGCCACAGCGCACCUCGCGCCCCCCUCGUCCGCCUCAGCCUCCUCGCACGCCAAGCGCGCCUGCCCGACGUGCACGCGCGACCCGGCGAGGCCGUUCCUCGUCGAGGAGCGCCAGUGGGACGCGCACCUCGGGAGUAAGACGCACCGCGUUGCGGCGCGCAGGCGCGUGCAGCGAGGGGGGCGAGAGGGUGCGCGACGAGAUGGCGGGGAGGGCGAGGAGGGGGAGGGGGAGGGCGAGGAGGAGGGUGCGCGAGAAGGGGUCCGAGCGGCGAGCGGGAGCGAAGAGGCCCGUGCGCAGGUGUACGGGGACGUAGAUUUGAGACGAUGAUGCUCGUCGC